AUGGCGGCGCCGCGCGAGGCGCUCGGCGCCGCGGAGGGGCGCGGCGCCCAGACCGCACGGGACCAGCUUCCGCUGAAGGUCGGCGCCGCCUUGUCGCUGACGGCGCCGUUGCCGAAUCUGUACAAGGCCACAUUCGAGCAGGCCUCCAGGACGUCCAAAGGCGAGCAGUGGCUGCGGCAACGCAUGGAGUUGUUCGACGCGAGCAGCAAGCAGGUGCGGAAGAAGAUCCUGGAGGAGUUCCUCGAGUACGUCAGGGACGGUGCCGCCGCUGGCCUCGAGGAGCUGUUCUCGAACCAGGUGCACCUCUUCUUCGUCCGCCUCACCGCGUGGUUCACGGUCACGCUGCCCGUGAUGUACGAGCUGCCGCUGCAGCUGAAGGUCUUCCUGACCUUUCUCGAGUUCCGCGAGAUGGCCUUCGUGCGGGCCUUUUUCGAGAGCGGCGCCUUCGUGCCGCUGAUGCGCACCCUGUCGGCCGAUUUCGACGUGCCCGACGAGGUCCGGUGCCUGGCCCUCGCCGUGCUGCUGCGGCUCGCGGCGCACGGGCGGGAGCACAAGGAGCUGAUGUGCUCGCAGGGCCUCGUGGCCAACGUCAUGGAGUGCGUGGAGGACGGGCUCCGCUGGGAGACGCUGAAGUACGCCGGGCGCCUGCUGUGCGAGCUGCUGCGCGCGAACCCGGCCUACCAGGGGCAGGUGCUGGACGCGCUGCAGGGCUUCCUGUCCCAGGAGCUGCCGCUGACGCAGCGCAUCGGCGCGCAGGCGCUCGUGUCCCUGCUGGCGGGGCGCGCGCGCGCCCUGCCGGCCCCGCUGGGCGAGCCCGGCAGGCGCAGGGAGCUCGUGGGCAGGGCCCUCGCCCUGCUGCGCGGCGGCGACCUGCGCGUGGGCGCGGACGCCUACUGCCUGCUGUGCCACCUCCUGCGCGCCUUCGGCUGCGACGAGCUCCUCUUCCCCUUCGCGCGGGCGCAGCUCGGGGCCGAGUGGCGGCGCACGGAGGCGUGGCUGCGGCUCGAGACAGAGGCCCACGCCGCCGAGGAGCGCGGGCAGGAGGCUCCGGGCCUGCAGUGCGGCAGCCUGCUGCUGACCCGCCUGCACCGCAAGGUGGCAGAGGCGCUGGACAGCCAGGAGCGCGCCCUGCGGCUCGGGGGCGGGGCCGGCGAGGCCGAGGAGCUGGGCCGCCUGCUGCAGCGGGGGGGCGAGGAGUUCUCGGAGGCCUUCCGGGCGGAGGCCGCGCACAUCCUCGAGUGGGGCCUGCUGAUGUACCUCGCGAGGCGCAACCCGGGGCUGUGCUCGGAGCUCGUCGAGGGGGGGCUCACCGAGAUGCUCCUCAUGUGCCUGCUGGACGUCGCGCGCCCCGUGCGCCAGGCCGCGGCGCUGCGGGAGCUCCACCAGCUGCGCGCCAUGGUGCCGAGGGCGCAGCGCAUCGCGGAGGAGGUGCUCGGGAGGCGGGAGCUGCUGCAGGCGAUGACCUUCGAGCAGUUCGCGCAGGCAGCGGACCCGGGCGCCCUCGCGCAGGCGCGGUUCCGGCUGCGCAACUUCCACUCCCGCGGGCGGCCCCGUCGAGACCUGACCGAGGAGCAGCACCUGCAGCGCCAGGUGCUUGCGCAAAGCCACGGCGACGGGCAUGCCGACGGCGGCCAGUCGUUCCUGACCGAGGCCACGACGGAGGGGGCCGUCUCCGAAGCACGGCCUCAGGCGUUGGCGCUCGUCUGCCACGACACGCCGGGCGAGGCGCGCGGGCUGGACGCGAAGCGCCUGGUCCACAGCGCGCCCUUCGCGCCCUUCUGCGGAUCCCUCGCCUCUUUCCUGAGCGAUCCGCUGGACCUCACGGCCGACGAGUCGAGCCCGCUCAUCCAGGAGCUCAAGAGCGUCGAGGCCUCCAUCGACCUGGACGCCCGGCUGCGGAAGCUCGCAGGGCUGGCGAGCCCCCGCGCAAAGGCGUCGACCAGGAGGGCCGCGGGGGCCGACCUGCCGAAGAAGCCCUCGCACCGGGACCCCUCGCAGGCGCACGAUCGCGCGAUGGCCCUGUGCACCACCAUAAGCAAGAGACCCGCGCUGCGUGUGCCGCAUGUGCUCCUGGACGGGGCCCUGCCGGGCCGCGCUGAGUCCCGCAUGACGGACAUCAGCGUGCACGUGUCGAAGAACGAGUUCCUGGGCGUUGAGCCAGGGAAGACGCACGCGUUCAGCUGCGGCUGCAAGGUGUGCGCUCCGCCCUCGUAUAUGCAGCUUGGGGCGCGCGGCAUCUUCGACUCGCUUCAGGAGACGACCUUUGGGCCCAGCAACGUGCAGAGCCAGGAGCUGUCCGGUGAGAUGUCCAGCGAGAUGCGGAGCUGGGUCUGCCUGCCCUGCGACGCCGGCGCCCCGGAGUCGCCGAGGUCCUCCGCCGCGGCGCCGGAGCAGGAGGACCUCCUCGCGUACCUGGGCAUCCGCAGGUACCAGGAGGGGGACCCCAUCUCGGAGGUGACGCAGCGCUCGCGCGUGACGGCCCUGGAGGAGGUCGUGCAGCCGGGCCGGGCGCCAGCCUCCCCGCCGCUCUCCAAGAAGCGCAUCCUGCACGUGGCGCGCCCGCCCUACCACGACUGCGUCGCCUUCGACCCCGAGGCGAUCGAGCGGGAGAGGCUGCAGGCCGGCAGCCUGCUGCCGCGGGAGAUGGCCCCGGGCACGGUCUGGCGCCACCGGGAGAUCCAGCGGGUCAGCGGCUUCCCCAGGAAGUGGCUGCACGGGGGCGGCCCGCACCAGGCGCCCGCCGGCCGGACGCCGGCCGAGACCCCCAGCAUCAGGAGCUCCUCGGCAGCCCGGCCGCCCCGGCGCGCCGCCCGGGCGCUGCCGCCGCUCUGGCGGCCCGUGGAGGGCCCGGGCGGGCCCGCGGCGGCGGCGAGCGCGCGGCGGGCGCCCGAGGACAUGGUGGACUGGUUCCCGGCCAGCGCGCGCAUCUGA